AAGGGUAUUACAGCUUCUGUGCAACCGAUGCCUUCAUCAUGCUUACUAUCGCUUUAUAAGGUCUGGAUUUGAUUUAAGCUUCUAACCGGGAUUACCGCUCUCUGCAGACAAGAUGAAUACUACGAGUCGAUUUCUGAAGUGAAAAAGUUUAUUAUAAAGACUAGCAGGCGUACCUAAACGACUUAACACUUACAGCAAUAUAUAAAGCUACACAGAGGGCUUUAGAAGAAACGAGUUCACGCUGGAAGAACUCCAGUUUUAUUGAAAGCCAGGAUGUAUAAUAUCAAAUGUGUUUAUGUGGUAUCUGUAUACCCACCUUGAGACUAUUAGGUUCAUUAUUUGACCAUGACUCGCUCGUUAAAUCACUUUUUGUAAAUAAAAAUUAGAAGUACUGUUCCUUUCUGUUGCAUUGAGCAAUCAAAUCUUCGAAGUCAUUCAAUUCAGCAAAUCAAAUAAAAAAAAAACUAUAAACAAAAUAUUUAAUGAUUUCAUAGCAUAAAAUCUGUUUAACAUAAAUAAUUUAAUUUGUUUAAAAAUAACAUAGAAGACAAUGCGCAGCAUUUGGUUCGCCUUUAAAUUAUUUGAAGGCUGUUUGGGCUGCCUCUGCAUGGGCAUACAAAUCGAGGGAUUUCUAAAUGUUGCAGUGUCACAGGAUCUAUAUCUGUACAUCACCGUAUUUUCAGUGUUCACAUGCACGAGCUUCUUUGGUUGUCUGAAUAUUUGCAUGGAAAACGAUCCGGUAUUGAUGCGCGAAAUAAUUUGGAGCAGUGUUGCUAGCUUUGGUUACAUAGUUACCGGAAUCACCACAAUGUAUCAUGCCGAAAAGGAUUUAUAUUUAAUGUAUUUAUCGGAUUUGGAAAUUAUUGAAGAUGAAAUGGAACAUCAAUUUUUCGGUUACUCAAAGACGCAGGCCAUAUUGGCCAUUGUCACUUCGGUUGUGUAUUUAUUGCAUGCGGUGCUUGCGGGCGAUAUGCUCAUCUCAGAAAUUGCAGUCACUAAAGAGAAGGUUGGUGAGGAGAAAAAGAAACUGAUUCUAUAUCUCGGCGGUAUGAAAAUCCACAAUCGUUUGCUCAAACUCAAAUGGUUUCGGCGAUUUGAUGGCAGAAUGCGUCCAACGGACUAGAACGCAGCUGUUUGCUUGUAAAGGCAUACAAAUGUAGACACGAUGCGGUAGCAACUUCAAUUAAUAAUAAUUUUGUAAAAAACAUACAUUAGGCUGCUACCUAGUUGCAGAAUGCCAAAUUGUAUCAGCUUUACUAAACAUAAACUCGACAUCGACAAAUUUUGCUCUAGUAGACGCAUAAAUAAUACGAUGUCUGUAUUUUUUUUUUUCGAAUUAACUUGUAAACCCACUGAUCAAGCAUGUAUUUUAUUUUAACAGCAUUAGGAAAAAAUACAAUAUUUGAUCUAAAUUGACCAUGUCUAUAUGUAUAUGUCUACAUGAAACUAAAAAUAUUUUUUAGUAUCCUAAUAAAUGUUAUUUAACA